CUUGAGUAGUAUAGUCUUUGGUUGUAGUUACAUUACCGCUUUAAACUUUAUUUGUCUAUUUAAAAAUAAAUGUGUGAAAAAUAAUAAACUAUUAUUAAACAUAGUAUAAUACAAUAUAGAUAUUUAUUGUAAAUUAAUUCUGGCAUCGAAAUGGACAAAUGUCGACUCUGUAUGGGAAAUAAAAAAAAAUUAUAUUCAAUAUUCGAUACUGAUGACGGGGUCUCGUAUGCUAAUAUGACAACAUCUAUGGCGAAUGUGAAGAUCAUGGAAAACGAUGGAAUCUCGGAAAAUAUAUGCACUCUAUGCCGAAAAAAAGUUAAAGACAUGUUUGAUUUUAAAAAAGUGAUAGAGUCAUCUGAUUUAAUCCUACGGACUCAUAAUAAUAUAAAGAGAAUAAACUUCAGUAACCUCAAUGAAAUUAAAGUCAAGUUUAAAAUUACUAGUAUAAAAGACUGUGCGGGAAAUUUGGAUUCUUUCCCUAAGUAUAAUAAUUACAUCAUUGGAUGCAUUAAAAAUGGUAAUGAUACAAUUGUUUAUAAAGAUGUUGUUAUAAAAAAAAUUGUUACACCAGAUAACAAUUUUAUUCAUAGAGAAGAGAAACCCCUGAAUGUUUUUGACUUUCUUAAUACACUUAAAGAUGAACCGUCUUAUGAUUAUGAUGAUAAUGGUCCUAUUGAUGCAUAUAAUCAAGAGGAUGAUGAUGAUGAUAUCUUCAUGCCCCAUAUAAAAGGACUUAAAAAGAAAAAACAUAAAGUCAAAGUAUUAAAAGCAAAUAUCUGUAACAAGGGUCAAUUUGUUAAAGUCCAUAUAAAGCCUGUAUUGUUGGAGGAUAUUAGAUUAAUUCGUACAAAAUCAAAUAGACAAAAAAGAAAAUUCCAGUAUGAUAAGACAUUGGCAAGACAAAAAAAAAUACAAAUGUGCAAUUAUUGUGGUAAGAUGACUACAGCAAUAAAAUCACACCUAUUGAUGCAUACUGGUGAAAGGAUACACAAAUGUAAUAUGUGCAAGAGAUCUUUCUUUACUAUUAAUCAUUUGGAAUAUCAUAUGAAAAUACAUCUAACGGAAAAUAUGUAUAAAUGUGAGCAUUGUUUGGCAAAAUUCAAUAAUAAAGAUUCUUUAAAAAGGCACAAUGUGGUUCAUGAUAAUGAGAAAAGAUUUGUUUGUAAUGUCUGUAGUAAAGGAUUUAAAAGGAGAAAUGCACUAGCAAGACACAUUAAAGGGCAUAAUUCAGCAAACAAAAGCAUUCAAUGUGAACUAUGCAAUAUGACUUUUUUUUCAAAAUAUAGUUUAAAUAAUCAUAUGCGUGUACAUACUAGAGAACGGCCCUAUAAAUGUGAGAUAUGUUCACAACCCUAUAGUUAUAAACACGAUUUCAAUCAACACUGUUUGAAAAAACAUGGCGUAUAUUUUAAACGACGAUCAGUCUACGUAAUGAAUGAGGAAGUUUUAAAAAAAGAACGAGAACUAAUGAAAGAGUUAAUGCUUAGAGUACAUGGCGUUGUUGAUGACGAAGAACCGUUUAAAGAGUUUCAAGGACCACAGGCACAUAUGGCUUUAGAACAAAUGAUUAAACUUUUGCAAACCAAGCAAAUCCCAAUGGAUUUCCAUUUUUGAAUGGUGUUUUCUAAUAAUAAUAAGAUUCAUAUGAUCGGUAUUCAAAUCUGAGAUAACGAGAUCUUUUUUAAUCAUUAUAGUAUGCUAUGCAUUUUUAAUUGAAACAUUAAUACCAAAAGUGCUGGCAAUAGAAAGAGCUG